AUGGACAUUCCUACUGAUACUGUCAAAGAACGCACGAGGCAUACCAGAGCUUACAAGAUUCCGGGUAUUGAUGUUUCGGGGUUGAUUGGUUUGAGUUCUCGGUUGGAAGGGGAGGUUCUCCAUGACUUCAACCAUGAUUAUGGCAAUUUGCUCUCCAUCCUCAAUACAUCUUUCGAUCCAAUGGCUUUGAUCACCUUAUUUCAGUUCUAUGAUCCGCACUUGAGAUGUUUUACAUUUCAAGACUAUCAACUGGUGCCAACACUCGAGGAGUUUUCUUACAUACUCAACAUAUGGAUCACUGAUGAUGUACCUUUUGUUCGGGUUCCCGAAGUCGUGAGAUUUGAAAAAGUAGCUGAAGCUCUUCACAUGGGUAUAAAAGAGGUGGAAAGAAAUUGGAAGUCAUCGGGCGGUGUUUCUGGUUUCUAUCUUUGCUUUUUGAUUAGUAAGGCUGAGGAUGCGGCUAAGAAGGAUCAGUGGGUUGAUUUUAGUCGUUUGCUUGCUAUCAUGAUCUAUGGUAUUGUCUUAUUCCCAUCAAGAGAAAACUUUGUGAGUUUGGCGGCGAUUUGUGUCUUUAUGAACAAAAACCCCGUUCCAACGUUGCUUGCGGAUGCUCUUUUCUCGAUCCAUGCGAGAAGUAAGAAAGGAGGAUAUGUUGUUGGUUCUUGUCUUCCGUUGUUGUAUCGGUGGUUCAUGUUGCAUUUGCCGGUGAGAGGACCUUUUGUGCUCAAGAAGAGUUCCCUUAAGUGGUCAGAUAGGAUUGUUAACCUUACAUCUUAUGAUAUCAGGUGGAACUAUUGUGUGGGGAAGGUUUGGAGCAUCAUCACUAGUUGCGGUUAA